AUGCAGAUUGAUGAAUGCCCUGGAGUCGAUGAAUUCUUGAUGGAUAGACACAAGAUUGUCGCUCGCUUUUCUAACCUUGGCAGUUGUCUGACUGAAUUUCGCUUAUUUCGAAGUCUGCAGAAAUCACAUUCGUUCGCAUUUGUCGCCUCGAUAAUCCACAGAACGAAACUGGUCAUCCGGAAGAUUGAUAUGUUCGAGCGAUUUCUGCGAAUUUUCAUCUUUAUCUUCUAUCUUAUGGAUACUGUAUUCGCCUCAAAAGAGGAGUACAACAACGGAAAAGAUAUGCCGAAGAAGAUUCGGCCGGCCACUGCUAAUCGACUCGGCAACGUAGGCCAGUUUUCAAUGCCGUCUUGA